AUGGCUCCGCUCAAGCUGCCCAAGAAGGGCAAGGGCAAGCAGGUCCACAUCGACUUUGCCUCGCUCGACUCGGCGCGCACCUCGGCCCCCUCGUCCUGGACCGCCGACGACUGGUUCGACGAGGGCACCCGGCAGGAGGAGCAGGGCGAGCGGUACCAGGCCGGGCCAAAGGCGACUCGCCACUGCAACAACGCCUGCGUGUGCUACGCCCUCGCCGCCCUCGCCAACCCGCUCGACUUUGACUCGCGGUACAACGGCGCGCGGGUCCUCCAGACGCUCGCGACCGAGCACCUCGGGCCCGCCGAGUGCCUCGCCGCGCUCGACAAGGCCCGCAGUGGCUACCGAGACGCGCUCGCCGUCCUCGACCUGCAGCAGCAGCAGCAGCGGCAGCGACAGCCGGGCGACGGCGACGGCGACAGCUCGGCGACGGCUCGCAUCGACGCCCUGUUCAACCUCGCCCAGGCCGACGUCGCCCUGUUUGACGCGCUCGACGACGCCGUCACGGCCGUCGAGGGCGAGCGCGAGCGCGCAGUCGAGGCGGCGAGCGAGGCCAAGCGGCUCUUUGUCGAGGUCGAGCGGCUGCAGCGGGACGAGAUGGCGCGCUUCUUCGGUGCGGGCGGGCCGGGUGCGGCAGCGAGCGGGAACGACGAGGACGAGGACGAGGCGAUCGACGAGGUGCCGUCGAGCGGUCCAGGCGGCGGCGCCGAGACGUCGGUGCGCGCCAUGGAGUCGACCAUCGUCACGCCUCAGCUCGUCAUCGACACGCUCCUCGAGUCGCUCCGGUUCGACCUCGCCCUGCACGACUGGGCCCACACGGACGACGCGACGCAGGCCGAGCUGCGCAGCUCUGCGCUCGCGGCCUUUGAGCGCGCGACCGAGCUGCGCGCGGCCGUCCAGGGCGACGCGGCCGAGCUCGACUUUGAGCUCGCGUUCGCGAGGGCGUCGAUGCUCACGACGCUGUCGCCCACCGACGCGACGCCGGUCCUCGACGAGCUCGCGCGCGCUCACCCGCGCAAGGUCGACCUCCUGUCGCUCGGCGCCGACCACCUCGUCGAGUCGCUCCCCCUCUCUCCGUCGCCCUCCUCCUCUCCCUCACCAUCGCUCUCGACCCUCCUCUCGACCCUCUCGACCGCGCUCGCGGCGUACGAGUCGGCCCGAGCCCUCCUCUCGAACCGCCUCUCGCCGCCGCGCGACCUCCCCGCCGCGCACCUCCCCUCGCUCCUGUCGGCCAACCUCGUCGCCCAGUCGUCGGUCCACCUCGUCGCCUACGAGCUCCUCUCGCGUGCGACCCCGUCGGCCGCCGUACCAGCAGACGCGACGCAGCAGGCGGCAGCGCACCUCGCGCAGGCGCACGCGCUCGCGCUCGAGGCGACGGGGGCCUGCCGCUCGGGCCUCUCGCUCGCCGUGUCGACCUCCGCUCCCUCUCCCUCUCCCUCCUCCUCCUCCGCCGAACCCGCCCUCGCGCUCGUCCGCGCGCCGGCCUCGACCGAACCCCGCACCGACACGCGCACGGUCCUCGCCCUGCGGCGGGCGCUCUUUGCGCUCUCGCGCGUCCGGGUCCGGCUCGACGCGAGCGCGCCCGCGGCGGGGCUCGAGGGCGCCGAGCGGGCCCAGUUCUGGGCGCUGUGGCGCGCGCUUGGACUCGGUGCGGCGAGGGGCGUCGGUGGGGGGGCGGGCGAGAAGGGGAGCGAGGGCGAGAGGCGGGUGAGGGAGAGGGACGCGAGGUGGUGGAGCGACGAGGUCGAGGGGGACAAGGUCAUGGAGGCUAUGGGGGACGAGGCGGCGAGCGCCGAGAGGGCGUACUGGCAGAGCCUGCUCGAGGCGUGA